GUAAUGAAAUGACAUUCACAAUAGUCGAUGGCGGGGAUGAUGAUGCUUGCCAACAGUCUCCUCCUCCUCCCUCCUAAACCUCCGAGCUUCCUUCCGGUUUCUUCUUCUCGAAGCAGCAGAUCAAUCCGAAGAACGACCCUACUAGUCAUGGUCAAAGCUUCCUCCGAACCUUCCGACUCCCUCUCAGUGUCCACCAAAUUCACCGCACCUCCGGGGUUCAAGCCUCCCGAGCCGAAACGCUUCGCCGUUAAACCGGGGAAGCUAUUAGAUGUGUUGGGUGCAGCUAUCGGAGUGCUUAUCCGAUUCGGCACUGGAGUGUUCGUUUCAGGGUACUCUGCUUCUUUCGUGUCCAAGGACGUGAUCCCAGCUGAUCAGUAUGCGUUGCGAAUUGGCGGGAUCACGGUGAAGGAAACGUCGAAGAUCGGGCCUCGUCCUCAGAAACCCAUUGAGAUAUAUGAGUUUGAAGGCUGUCCCUUUUGCCGGAAGGUCAGGGAGAUGGUCACAGUGUUGGAUCUUGAUAUUCUCUACUAUCCUUGCCCAAGAGGGAGUCCUAAUUUUCGCCCCAUGGUUAACCAGAUGGGUGGCAAACUACAGUUUCCCUACAUGGUUGAUCCAAACACCGGAGUGUCCAUGUAUGAAUCAGAUGGAAUCAUCAAAUAUCUAUCCGAGAAAUAUGGAGAUGGAACAGUUCCUUUAAGCCUAUCACUUGGUCCAUUAACGGCUAUAACAGCUGCCUUGGCAACGAUUGGACGUCUAGGAAAGGGUAACUUGUACACACCAGCAAAACUACCACCUAAUCCACUCGUAUUCUGGGCAUACGAGGGUUCUCCGUUUUGCAAGCUUGUACGCGAAGUUCUUGUGGAACUCGAGUUGCCACACAUUCAACGCAGCUGUGCUCGUGGUAGUCCCAAACGGCAGGAAUUGCUUAUGAAAGCUGGUCACUUUCAGGUGCCUUACCUGGAAGAUCCAAACACUGGAGUAAAUAUGUUUGAGAGUGCAGAAAUCAUAGAGUAUCUGAAGCAAACUUAUGCUGCUUAGUUCAGCUACUUUCGUUUAAUAAUCUCAACUUAGUUAUGAGUAAGUAAGUGCAGGGUUUAAUGAUCAAGAAAUGUAUCUAUAUAUACAAACCAAAUAUUAUCGUGUGACAUGAUUCUCCAAGGUUUGAUCUUCUUUCUUGUCAUUUUUGUGUAAAAAUACAAUUUGCACUUAAAAACUCAGUUAAAUAAAGUUUCAAAAACUCAUGUGGUGGAAGGAAA